CUGGAUAAUAUGCCUGUCGUCUCUUCAGCGUCAUCUGGAGCGGUAAAUGCUGACCCUCAAUCAGUGAACCUGGCUCAUGAGGGUGAGGAGGCCGAGUGGCUUGAUGAUGAGCUUGAUGCUAUAGCCCAACAAGAUCUCUCGGACGCAAAGUUCCAAGCUGCCAAACGUCACUUUCAGAGCCUCGCAAAUCCUUCUAUGGAAGAUAAGAUUCGCCUUGAAGCUGCUAGGAUGGAAGACGAAGCACGAAAGAGAAGGGUUGCAGCCAAAGAGGCUUUUGAGGCAGAAAACCAAUCGAGGAACUCUAAUUAUGAAGAUUCAGGGGCUAUUUCCGACGAGCAAGUUUCUGUUGAUGUUGUGGCGCAAUCAUGGAAAGAGACCGUGCAGCCCUCCCAGGACACCGCCGAGUCAAGAGGCCAGGGCCAACAACUGCGAGUACCUCGGAACAGAAAAAAUAGACUUUCAGCCGAGGAAAAGCGCAAGAGCAAGAAGUAUGGCUUCGAGUCUGAGUUUCUCAAGGUCCUCAAGGCUCCAAAUGUUAUUGAAGAUGCACACGCUAGUGCUUCUGCACAAGCCAUGCCUGAGUUUAGCGAGAAAAACAAAGAGAAAGCAUUCACGCAGAUGAUUGCUAGUAUUCCUGCUGCAGAUCUUGCAGAAGCAAAGUCGGACCGAAACAAAAUCAGAGAGGCAAGCAGAAGGUUUAGGAAAAUCGCUAGGCUUGAUGGAAAAGGUGGAUAUCGCAUCCCGGGCUUGAAGACAAGCUUAUACCACUAUCAGCUUCAAGGGGCAGCUUUCAUGCGCGAUCGGGAGAACUCAUCAGUCCAACCUUUGGGCGGAUUUCUGUGUGACUUCAUGGGAUUUGGCAAGACAAUACAAGCACUGGCAAACAUUGUAGAUGGACGGCCUACAGACCCGAAUGACCCUAUCUACACCACCCUCAUCAUCGUUCCCUCGCCGCUGGUUACUCAUUGGAAUAACCAAAUCAUCAAUCACUGUGAUGGCAUCGAUGGCAGCGAGGUUCUCACUUAUGACGCUAGAACAAGACUCAACACCCUAGAUACCGCGAAGAGCCUGCAGAAAUAUAGUGUGAUAAUCACCACCUACGAGGAGGUCCGAAGGUCAUAUCCCAAAUGCAGCAAGUUGUCAGUGCCGAGCGGGAGUCAGGAGGAAGUGUCCGCAUGGUGGGACAAACAUUAUGAAGAGAAUGUCGGCCCCCUUCACAAGAUCAAAUUUCUUCGAAUCAUACUGGAUGAAGGACACAUGAUCAAGAAUCAUGCUUCAGCUGUGUCAAUUGCUGUCCGUGCUUUGACUGGUCUUUAUAAAUGGAUUUUGACUGGCACCCCAAUACACAAUUAUCUCGAUGAACUAUACCCUCAAUUCGACUUCCUGGGUGUACCCGGCACUCAGGACCAUGAAAAGUUUUUCAAAGACUUCUGCCGAGAUGAGAACGGUCAUAGUCGCUUGGUUAAUUUAUUACGAUCCUUCAUGUUCCGCCGGACUCAUGCAAGCCGCCUCUUCACGUUUCCAAUUGUCAAGCUACCGGACGUUAAGGAUAGAACCAUCUCGGUCAGAUUUUGCGAUGCGGAGCGUGUGAUCUACAAUGCUAUCCAGGAUGUUUUCUUCGAGAGAUUCAAUAAAUGCGCGGAGGAAAAGCAUCCUAAGCUGGCUCAAUACCGAUGCUCUCUGACAAUGAUAUUGAAGCUCCGCAUGUUCUGCAGUCACCUUCUCACAGCACAUGAUAUGAUCAAGGCACUACUUUCAAAGGGAACUCUGAUGUCAAAACUCGGAAGAAUGUCGAAUCAGCAAAAGGAUCCACAAGAUCCCUCGUUCAUCAUCAUACAAAGACUGAUUUCGGUCCGUACAAACCCAACAGCCAUAUCGGACAAAGAAAAGGAGCAUCUAGGUCACUCCACAAGCCUUCAGGGAGACAAGGAGAAAUUGGUGAAGAAUUAUUAUGAGUAUAUGCGCCGGCUUCAUGACGAAGAAGAAUGGGAUGAACGUCUCGAGAGGAACGAAUGCCCUCAAUGCCGGUCUAUUCCCGUGUAUCCCGUUAUCACGUCGUGUCAUCAUUUAUACUGCGAAGAAUGCUACAGCUCUCUCUCUGUCAAUGAGAGUCCAGGGCAAGACAAACCCACGUGCUGCACUUGCCAGGAGCCCAUUCAGGAAGCUGCCUACUACGACAUGGACGAAGAGUUAGAGACUCAGCAGACGCAGCGAGAAGUGCCAAAGACACAAUCAAAAAGAAAGGGUGCCACGAAGCGCAAGUCACAGAAGUCAUUCCGUGGGAGCGCUUCAAUCAAUGCCAACAUGGAGCCGACUUCCGUGUCGGACGCAGAUGAGGAGACUGACUGGAUCCAAGCAUGCGCUGGUCAGAUGCCGUCCGCGAAGCUGACCAAGCUCCGAGAAUUGAUAGCUCAAUGGCUAGCGGAGUCGCCUAAAAAUAAGGUUGUGGUCUUUACCCAGUUCCUCGACUUCGUCCGGAUCAUGCACAUCAUGUGCCAGACGCAGGGUUGGUCGGCUGCCUGUUUGACAGGGAAAAUGAAUCUGGCCAAACGAGAAGCAAGCAUGAAGCAGUUCAGCGACGUGAACGGCAACACGAAUAUCAUGCUGGCGAGUCUGAAGGCUGGUGGCAUCGGGCUGGAUCUGACGGCAGCGAACAAGUGCAUUCUGAUAGACCUGUGGUGGAAUGAAGCAAUACAGGACCAGGCAUUUUGUCGUCUGUGGCGCCAUGGACAAACGCAGGAAGUGGAAUACGUCAAACUCAUUGUCGAGGACACGAUCGACGACCAUCUUCUCAACCUGCAACGCGCGAAGAUGACAGAGAUCGAUGAAACCAUCGGCGAUGGUGUUCUGGAAGAUCGCGCUACCAUGAAAUUCUUGCUUGAGAUGUUUGCUGAUGUCGAGGUAGAAGACAACGGCAUCUACAGGUUGAGCCGCAAAGGAACGGAGAAGAACAAGCCGCGAGCGAGAUCAAAUGGUAAAGGGAAGAAGAAGCAGGACGACCCUCCGGAUGAAUCGGAGACUGAGUCCUGAAUUCAAAUCUCCUUCUUUCUUCCGGUCAACACUGAUUUCUUACCAUGUACAAG